GAAAAUAGUAGCAAAAGGGUUAUGAGAGAGAUUUCACUGAAAAUCCCAUGAGGUCAUUGUGUGACACCUACUGCAUGAAAUGCAGUAUGGAGGGAUUUGAGGCCUUACAUGUCAUCAAUGAUGCACACAGGUUGUGGCUGAAGAAAUAAUAUGACUGACCUGACCAAAGGGUGAAUAUGCAAUUUUGAAAAUUUCUUGAACAAGGUUCUCCCAUUUUCUUAGGACUAAGGAAUCAUACUUCAAGAAUUUUUAGCUUACUACUAAAGAGUUGAAACACUUAACUUACUGGUGUAGAGCUAAAGACUCAUCAAUUCUCACACUGUCAUCUACAGAGGACAAAUACUUAUCCCUUAUCUUUCAAACUUAAUUCGCUCAUUUUAACAGAUGACUAACAAUAUAAAGGUUUUACUGAGAAACUUAAAUCGUUUUGCUAGUAUAAGCAAAAACAGGGGAUAACAGGUAAGUGAUCAAAAUGAAAACAUAAACAUCUUAAAGGAUUACAGUAAAAGAAGGACAAUAAUCUUCAUGUUAAAAAAAUUGUUUAGAUUGCCCUUAAUAAUUGCUUGCACAUAUAAAGCCACAGGAUAUAUAUUAAAAGAAAAAAUUCAAAGAGUAAUUUAUGAAUAAAUGGAGCAGACAAACUAUGCACAAUAAGGAAACACAAAAGAUCCUGAAUAUCCAAUCCAAUAAUGUACAACCUAAAGUUUAACCCGAUCUAAUACUGCACACAACUAAACAUUGAAAAACCCUCACCACCAAGCCAUGGACAGCAACUGUCCACCAGUAUGCAUUCUGGACUUCGAAAAGUAUGCUUAUUCAACUCUCCCCCGAAAUGCCCUGGACUAUUACCGCAGUGGGGCAGAUCACCAACAGACGCUCUUGGAUAAUCGAGCAGCCUUUCAAAGGUAUCGCCUGAGACCACGUGUCCUGCGGGACGUCAGAAAAAGGGAUCUUUCUGCUUCUAUUCUCGGCGAGAGAGUGAGCAUGCCCAUUGGAGUGGCACCAACAGCAAUGCAAAGAAUGGCACAUCCAGAUGGAGAAUGUGCCAAUGCAAGAGCUGCAGAGUCAAUGGAGACCAUCUUCACCCUCAGCACCAUUGCAACUUCAUCCAUUGAGGAGGUAGCAAGAGCAGCUCCAAAGUCUAUCAAGUGGUUUCAGGUCUACAUCUACAAAGACAGGAGCAUGACCCAUGACUUAGUUAUUAGGGCAAAGCAAGCAGGGUUCAAAGCCCUGGUUCUCACUGUGGAUGCACCACACUUUGGUCGGAGGUUGGCUGACGUACGCAACAAGUUCAUCCUCCCUCCACAUUUACGCAUGGCAAACUUCAAUGUGGAUUCCAAGGCAGCUAAACAAGCAGGAGUAUCAGCAGGCGGAUCAGGAAUCAGUGAAUACGUCAUGUCAAUGUUUGACCCUUCUGUCACAUGGAAAGACCUCAAAUGGCUGUCAAGCAUUUCCAGCUUACCCAUCAUUGUCAAGGGGAUCCUGACAGCUGAGGAUGCAGAGGAGGCCUUACACUACAAUGUGGCUGCCAUCCUUGUAUCAAAUCAUGGAGCAAGACAAGUUGAUGGAGUCCCUGCUACUAUAGAUGUGCUUUCAGAAGUAGUCAAAACGGUCAAAGGAAGGUGUGAGGUCUAUCUUGAUGGAGGUAUCACUAAUGGAACAGAUGUAUUCAAGGCCCUGGCACUUGGAGCCAAAAUGGUAUUUGUGGGGCGGCCCAUGAUCUGGGGCCUCGCCUACGGUGGAGAAGCAGGAGCAAGGAAAGUCCUCCAGAUCCUACACGAUGAAUUCAGCUCUACCAUGGCCCUCAUGGGUACUGACUCAUUUGCCCUUAGCUGCAUGCUAAUAAUGCAAAUUCUGAUCAGAAAAGUGGUAAUAUAACAGGGAAACUCAAUUGCAGGUUGUGCUGGCAUUAAGGAUAUUCAUCCUGACAUGGUUAUUCACCAGUCUCUACUCCCCAAGCUAUAAGGAGUGCCAUGAAGCAGUCGAGCACUUAACUUUUAUUUUAGUUAAGCAAAUCCUCUUCCUUUGGGAGGAUCAUGCUGAUAAAUACACAAAGAGUUAUGA